CGGAGCCUUCCAGACUCACUCCUCACUCACUCCCUCGUCUUACUGCUAGGAAACGACCGCUCCGUCUGAAACCAUGGCCAAGGACAUGACUCUGAUGUGGGGCGCCGGCUCUCCUCCCUGCUGGAGGGUCAUGAUCGCCCUGGAGGAGAAGAACCUGCAAGGCUACAACAGCAAGCAGCUGUCCUUCGAAAAAGGGGAGCACAAGUCCAAGGAUGUCAUGGCCAUUAAUCCAAGGGGCCAGCUUCCUGCCUUCAAACAUGGAAACAUCGUCCUGAACGAGUCCUACGGCAUUUGCCUGUACCUGGAGGACCAGUUCAAGUCCCAGGGAACCAAGCUGACGCCCGACAACAAAGCUGAGAACGCACUGAUGUUGCAGCGCAUGUUUGAGGGGCUCACACUCUUUGAUGCAAUGAAACAAGUUCUCUUCUACACAAGGUUCGUCCCCGAGAACGAGAGGCACGACUCGGCCCAGAAGAGGAACGCAGAAAACCUGAAGAGCGAGGUGGGACGGUGGGAGAGUUACCUGCAGGGAUCAGGUCCUUACCUUGCAGGAAAGACCUUUUCGCUGGCUGAUGUCAUCGUCUUCCCAGUGAUUGCUUUUCUCUUCCGCUUUGGCUUGAGCGAGGAGCACUACCCUAAACUGGCAGCUUACCACAACACCCUGAAGGACAGACCCAGCAUCAAGAGCACCUGGCCUCCUAACUGGGUCGAUACCCCAGGACAACCUGCACUGAAGGACCUCUAAGCUAUACAACUCUAACAUUAUUUUUGUGGUUAUAUAUUAAACAACUCUUGCUGCACUACAGUAGAGAUGUACAUGUUUAAAAAAAUAUACUAAUCCUGUGUUUUCACUGUUGGGUGCAUCCCUGUUUCCCCUUACUGUGUGAUUUCUUAAGAUGUCUUUUUGUCCAGUGAAAUGCUAAAUAAAUUGACUUAAAAUUCA